UUUUAGGUAAUUAAAACUGAAACAUUACAUUGCUUGGCUUUGUUAUUGAGUAAAGUUACUAUUGUAAAUGUAUAAUGAAAAAAAUGUUUGGUUUCCUGCAUUUUCAUCCGAAUUGUUCCUGUUGCCAUAGCAACGGUCAUCAUCCACUGUUUGAUCAAUGCUGUUGACGCCGCCGAGGAAAUAACAUGGCUGAUUUUGAGUAUUCGGACAUCAAUCCCGCCAAUGAGCUGGAGAAAAGAAUUGCCGAUGCAUUCCUGAUUUUCGACCAUCAUGGCAAUAAAACGGUAGACGUUCGUGAGAUUGGAACCAUCUUGCGCUUUUUAGGAUGCGUCCCAACCGAAGCGGACGUGAACGAGGUAAUAUCGGCAACAGAAUUCGAGGACUCCAACGGCACAGUGCAUCUGUCCAAAUUUCUACCAAUGGAACCAGCCCCACCGGAAAAGCUGCUCAAAGCGUUCCGUGUACUCGACCAAGAAGGAAAAGGAUUCGUGGACAAGGAAUACAUGACCAAACUGAUCACGGAGGAAGGCGAACCGUUCACGGUGGAAGAGCUGGAAGAAAUGAUGGCAGUCGCAGUUGACAUGGCAACGGAUAAAAUUGCUUACGAGCUGUACCUGAACCAAUUGCUGCACGAACCACCCGAUUCUAUCUAUGAACUUGCCGAUACGCUCCGUAAUCGAAGCAAUCGUUGAUGCGAGUCUAUUGUUCCUUUCUCAC